CGCACAGGACGUGCAGCUCCUGCCUCUCUUGCAGCAGCUUGCUGCUUGCAUACACAGAACACCGCUGCAUCGCGCCGCGCGCCGGAGCCAUGUCGUCGUCGCAGCGGCCCGGCCGUCACCAGCGGAGGGCGUCGCAGAACGUCUUCGUGCUCCCGGAGAACUUCGCCGACCUCGACGACGUGCCGGCCGCCGCCGGAGGCGGCGGCGAGGACGGCGGCCGGAAGGCCGCGACGGACGCGGCCGGCGCCGCCGGGCAGCAGGGGCGCCGCCCCGCGGCGCCGGCGCGCCACCGGCGCGCGAUGUCCGUGGCCGUGCCGUCCGGCAGGGAGCUCGAGAUGAUCAAGGAGGACAUGGGCGGCUACAAGAUCGGCGCCUGAUGAUGAUAUGAUACAACGAUACAUCGGCCACACGGGGUAGCCUUAGCACGUGCUCAGUGCUCCGGUGUGCGUCAACCAAAUGUUUCGCUUGUUCUUGUUCUUCUUCUUUUUUUUUUCUCUCUCUCUCUUUUGGUGAAGACAUGCAUGUAAGACGGGAGAUGUAAUACUAUGCUUCCUUUUGCACACGGUGAAAUGAAUCGUUAAAAAAGUCUAAA